AUGGGAUUUUUAGACAAGGUUAAGGAUAUCGCCAGUGGAAGCGGCAGUAGUGGCAAUGGUGGGUCUGGUAACAACGAUGACUUUGUUUCCAAGGCUGAAAGAGCAUUGGGACAAGACCGUGUGAGCCAGAUCAGAAACAAAGUCGGCGGAGACAACUUCGAUAAGUUUGAGUCCGGAGUGAGGAAACAAUUUGCCGGUACGUCGAUUAAAGACAGUGACAGUAAGAGGGAUAUCGACGACGACGAUUCUUAUGGAAAUAACAGCAACAAUGACAACAGCACCUCUUACGGAAACAGCAGCCGUAAGAAUGAGAAUUCUUACGGCCAGAGCUCCAACAACGAUGAUUCUUACGGGGACAGCAGCAAUUUGAACAGUGAUUCGUAUGGCCAAAGUUCUUCGAACAAUGAUUCUUACGGAAACAGCAGCAGUAAGAAGAACGACUCCUAUGGAAACAGCUCUUACGGCGACGACUCUUAUGGAAACAGCAGCAGUAAGAAGAAUGAUUCCUAUGGAAACAGCUCUUACGGCGACGACUCUUAUGGAAACAGCAGCAGCAAGAAGAAUGAUUCUUACGGAAACAGCUCUUCUAAUGACGACACCUACGGAAACAGCUCUUCCAACAAUGAUUCCUAUGGAAGCAGCAGCAGUAAGAAGAACGAUUCCUAUGGAAACAACAGCAGUAAGAAGAACGACUCCUAUGGAGGCAAGAACAGCAAGAAAAACGACUCCUACGGGAACAGUUCUUACGGCGACGACUCCUACGGAAACAGCAGCAGUAAGAAAACCGAUACCUACGGAAACAGCUCUUCCAACGACGACUCCUAUGGAAGUAAGAGCGGCAAAAAGAAGGAUUCCUACGGAAAGAGCUCCUCGAACGAUGAUUCUUACGGAAGCAAGAACAGUGGAAAGAAGAACGACUCCUAUGGCCAGAGCUCUUACGGCAAUGACUCCUACGGACAGAGCUCCUCUAAUAACGAUUCCUACGGAAACAGCAGCAACAAGAAGAACGAUUCUUAUGGCCAAAGCUCUUACGGCGAUAAUUCCUACGGAAACAGCAGCAGCAAGAAGAACGACUCUUAUGGUCAGAGCUCUUACGGCGAUGACUCCUACGGCCAGAGCUCCUCUAAUAACGAUUCCUACGGAAACAGCAGCAGCAAGAAGAACGACUCUUAUGGCCAAAGCUCCUACGGCGAUGAUUCCUACGGAAACAGCAGCAGCAAGAAGAACGACUCUUACGGCCAAAGCUCCUACGGAAACAAUAACAGUAGUUCCUACGGUCAAAGCUCUUCCAACAACGACUCUUACGGCCAGAGCUCCUACAAUGAUGACUCGUACGGAAACAGCAACAAUAACAACAGCAGCAACUCCUACGGUCAAAGUUCUUCUAACAACGACUCCUACGGCCAGAGUUCCUACGGUAAUCAAAACUCUAACGACUCGUACGGCGGUGCUAACUCCUCCUACUACAACUAG